CAAAAAUUUCCUAAUUUAAGUUCCACUUUCGGAUUCAGACCCUCAGACAACCAUCUUCUCUCUCUCUCUCUCUCUCUCUCCCACCACCUUUUUCGCGUGUUUCUGCGUUGUUUCUGGAACUUUCUUCGGUGAUCUUCGUACAGUUCCUCCCAUGGACGACUUCUCCGCCGACCAUUCCCCUGUCGAUCCCUCCUUCGAUAGCGUGAAUGCCGGAGCAAAAGGGUUCAACGCCGGAUUGAUAGUGUUGCUCGUUGUUGUUGGGAUACUGCUGGUGUUUUUAGUCGGGAAUUAUGUACUCUACAUGGUUGCGCAGAAGAGACUUCCUCCGAAAAAGAAGAAGCCCGUCUCGAAGAAGAAGAUUAAGAAAGAGCGACUGAAGCAAGGCAUCUCAGCUCCAGGAGAAUAGAUAUGGCGGAUUGUGCCGAGAAGUUUUUCACCAUGUCUGGUGUCGAGAGAUUUCUGUCCCUUUUCCAUUUUUUUUUAUUGGUCGUCUAUAGUCAUUGAAAAUUGACUUCAUCAUCAUAAUUAACUUUACAUGAGUUUAGAGACUAGAGUUACAAUGCCCCCUUUGUUUUUGACAUGGUUUUUUUGCAUCCCUUUAUUUCCAUCUUUUAGAUUGUCGUUAUA